AUGACGCUGACCGCAAAGACAUUCGUCGAGGCUGCGCAAGAGUUUGCAAGGAAGCCUCGCUCAAGCGAUCGACUUGCAGACGCAGGUUUGUUGAAUUGGCGCUGGAAGGAGCACGCAACGUAUCCCCCGCUAGGAUACUUGUCUCGUGCAGUCUCGCUCUCGCAUACGGCGGCGCUCGGUAACCCCGAUGAGGAGCUUGAGAAUAACUUGGAGGAGGAGGAUGCCGCGACGGCACCGUCGCAGGUACCACAACUGGUUUGCGAACAAACUGUCGCCUUCUCUCCGACGUUUCAGGUUCCCGUCUUUUACUUCUCUGUGCACGAUUCCCAUGGCGCUCUCCUCACGCUAGAGGCGAUUGUACGCACGCCGCUUUUACGACACGAGCGUCUUCCAGAGCUUGAACGGACGGCGUAUUCCCUUACGCCACCCGACGCUGCGUUCCCGGUCCUCUCCCAGGGCGAGCAUCCGAGCACUGGGCGACCGGCAUGGUACCUACACCCGUGCGGUCUUCCGACUGUUAUGGACGAACUGACGAAGGACGCCGAGACAGAAGUAGACGGGCUGAAGUGGCUGGAGAUGUGGUUCAUGGUCGUUGGGAGUGUUGUUGACUUGCGCCUCUGA